AUGCGUAAACCAUCCGUCGCCCAGGCCGUCUACAACGCCACAUUUCCUCGACCUCGUACAAACGAGCCCGGCUCGUUUACUGCUCAUAUCAGCCGAAACCUCGUUCCAGAAGUGCGCGUCGAAACCUCCCUCUUCUACGGCUCUCUGGACUGCAUCGAAGCCCAAUACCCCGGGCUGGACUAUUCAUAUGGGCCGCAUCGCAUGCGACUGGGUCGCUUCCCCUGGCAUCGGAAACUCUUUCGCGUCUUUGACGAACUCGGUCUGACCGAGCAAGAAAUUGGGGAUCUCUGCCGGUGGGAAGGGACUAAGUCGGCGCGUCAGCGGUAUGAGGCCGAAGAAGGGGUCAGUGUGCAGGACACCACGGCUCACUCCGUGCGACCGGCAUCGCCAACCCCCGGCCCCUCGAUCGAGAUCCAUUAUGACGACUUUGACUUCUGCAGGCCAGAGGAGGAAGAUGACCAGGUUAUUGAGACACAGAGUAACGACACCGUGCGCGCGACUGAGUCUCGUACCUCCCAUACCUCCAGCUACCGGUCGGAGGAGCUGGCAGUUGAAGAGGAGUACAGCGAUGAGGAGAUUGAGAGCUGUGGGCUGGCGCUGAACAACCGUAUUAUUGCUGCGAUGGCUGCGCGCGACCAAGGCACCGAUGUGCCGCUGGAUGAGGACUGGGAACAAUGGUUAAAGGAGGCUGGAGAACGGGGGAAUUUUGGUGAAAUGGUACACGCCAUUCGUGAGAACCAGUCCUUGACUCUCGGCGCUCUCGGCGCCGACGAUGUUCGCAUGUCUCGCAGCCGCGGUGCGGCUCGUGUGGUUAGCAGGGCCUUGUUCACGAUUCCGGACAGCAUCCUCGGAGCAAGCCCAGCUCUCCCAUCUAGCUCCAGUCAGACGUCUGGCCCAGCCCAGUGA